AUGAGGAAUUUGGACCGAAAUGGCUUCCAGCGCUCCUGCAUCCAUGUGACCCAUUACACCCUCACGGCGUUCGCGGCGAUCGGAGCACUAGCGGCAUCAGCGUGCGUCGGUGAGCAGUUGAAGUCGGCUUCCUGCCUGUUGAGAUGCGCUGGGAGGAAACACUGUGAACACGAGUUCAUGCUGAUGAAAUUGAUCUGUUCAGUGAGCUCGAACCAGAGCCAUGGGGAGUACCCGGACUGCAGGAGCGAGCACGAGUCUGGGGGCGAGGCGUCUCUCUUGGUGUCUCCACUGGUGGUGGCGGGCAUCGUCAUAGGCCUGGUGCUCUUUCUAUCCUGCGUCACCAUCAUCGUGGGCAGUCUGCGCAAAGACAGCCGCUUGAGGAACCCGCACCUGAGAGCCAGCUAUGGUCCAGAUGGUUACUCCUUUGGCGGUUCUGUGGGAGAACUGAGGUCAAGCUGCUUAGAAGACUUUCCACCCGGUUUGGACUUUGACUCUUACAGUCUGUCACAAGUCAGUCACCUAUAUCCUGACUCGCCACCACGUUACGAUGAAUGCGUGGGCCCAGGUUGCACUCACAUCUACAUACCUACAGACGACCCCCCACCUUACUCGCUGUGGGACCCCUGUCGAGACGACACAGAGGGUGCGGAGGAAGGUCCCAGCACAGCCAGAGCCGCCUCGCUGCUCACGGAGCAUCAACACGUCACAUCCAUCUCUUUCCCUUCGGAGGCAGCGCCGCCGUACGAGGCGGUGGUGGCGGAGCAGGGGCAGCCCCUCCCUCUUGCGCCAUGUGACCUUUCAAAGCACCAAUCUGACAGAGAUGUCGACAGCAACAGGCGACAGUCGGCCAUCAGCCAGAACUCAUAG